AUGGCGAGAUUUAGAGAAUUUAGACAGCAGUUGCAUAUUUUAGAUUCUCUGACGAUGGAAGUUUACGCGAUUCCAAUUUAUGCGAAUUUCACUGUUCGACUUUAUCAGCAAGCUUUACCCGCAGAUACAAGCGGAUUCCUUUCCCCGCUGUCAAUCAUGGUUGCCCUUUCAAUGACAUACCUUGGUUCAGGUGGUGGUACUCAUGAGCAAUUGAGUAGAGUAUUAUACGGAGGUAAAAUGAACGACGAUGCUGUCAAAAAGUACAGCAAAGAUAUGAUGUCUUCGCUCAGAGUUUCAGAGAAUGUUAGCACCCUUUAUUUGGCUAAUAGACUGUACUGCCAACUAGGAUUCAAUAUAUUGGAAGCAUUCGAUGAAGAUCUGAAGAAGUACUUUAACUCGAGUAUCCAGUCGGUAGAUUUUGGAAAGAACGACGAAGCAAGUAUCGAAAUCAACAAAUGGAUAUCCGACGUCACGCAUGGAAGAAUAGACAAUCUAGUCUCCUCUAACUUUUUUAACGCACUAACUAGAUUGGUGAUAGUGAAUGCAGUGUAUUUUAAAGCUAAUUGGCAUUUUAAGUUCAACCCUGAAGAUACAAUUAAGAAAACCUUUUUCGUGUCGCAAUCAAAGCAAAAGCAAGUGGAUAUGAUGCAUCGGCAAGGCCAAUUUUUGUAUCAUGCUGACAAGCAACUGAAGAUUCUGGGAAUGCCUUAUAAAGCUGAAAAUCUAAAAAUGUUCUUCAUCUUGCCAAUUUCCAAAACUGGACUUCCCACAAUCGAAGCGAAACUUACCGGUGUCGAGCUGCUGAACCUAAUUCGAUUCACGAUUAUCAGUGAAGUGAAGGUGGCUAUUCCAAAAUUUAAAGUGAAGAGUUCGUUCAGCCUCAACAGCAUUUUGACAAAGAUGGGAUUGGAUGAAAUGUUCAGCCCGAAAUUGGCAAAUUUUUCAAAGAUCACCGGGAAAGACGACCUUUAUGUUUCAGCUGUUCUUCAUCAAGCUUUCGUUGAGGUAAACGAAGAGGGUAGUGAAGCUGCUGCGGCUACGGCGGUGAUUGCAAUGGUCAGAAGCGCAGUUAUUGUACCUCCAAAACGUUUAGAGUUCAUAGCUGAUCACCCUUUUAUUUUCACAAUUAUGGACACUAAGUCGAUGAAUAUUCUCUUUAUCGGCCGUUUUAUGGGUAAGCUAAUUCGAGAAAAGUUUAAAUGA